AUGGAAAAGGGUACACAAAACCAUUUCCAGAACAAUAUUGCUGCUAUUAUGUAUCCCUCUUCAUUUGACCGAGGCUUGAGGCCAAAACAAAACAUUGACCAGAAUAGACUCUGGCCCAGCGCAAGUCCAGCACCAGCACUAGGAGGAUGGGAGAUGAGUCGAGACUAUUCGAACCAAAGCUCGAACAGCACUCAUUCUAGAUCUUCAGGGGACUUUUACUCUCCGGUUUCUUACAGUCCGCCCAUGUCUUUAGACCCGAAUACCUAUCAGUCACCGCAAUACUAUGACGAUAGUUACAGUCAGGAGUAUAACAGCUACACCGCAGCAUCGCCCAGCCUUGAAAGAAGCUUGUCAAACCAUAGUAGCUCUAUCAAAUCGACACCCUCUAGCCUCGGCUGGUCUCCAGAAAACGAGCUCCUGGGACUCUACAAGUUGAUCGUACCAAAGGGCAAGGAACCAUAUCUAGAACUACUUCCGGGAUAUCAAGUUUAUUCCAACACACCCCAGCAGGUAUUUCUUGAUUCACCAAGUAAUCCUCAAAAAGGUGUUUAUCCUUGCCAAUUUCCAAUCGGCUGUUCAGGAAGACAAUUUGGUAGACCCGCGGAUCUAGAACGCCAUUACAGACAUGUACACGCCGACGCAGAUCAAAAGGGCAGUUUCCCAUGCGACUACCAACCAUGUGACCGAUCCAAAGAUCCCUUCACACGAAAAGACCAUUACAGAGACCACAUAAAAGAUUUCCACAAAGAAGACGUGGGUAGUGCGAAACAGCCUAAGAAUUUCAAAGAUCCCAAGAAAUGGCAAGUCAUUCAGCAAGCCUGGCGCGAAGAACGACAGAUUGAUCCUAGAUGGUGGAGGUGCAAGCGAUGUCUUCAAAGAGUGUACGUGGAGACUCAUGGCUAUAAAUGCACCACAUGCAACGAGGAAUGCGCCAAAGAUAGGAUCGAGGCUCGUGAAUCAAAGAGGCGCGAAUUGGAAAGUGAUCGGGUGCCAUAUUCGGAACGGGAUAUGAGCAUGACGUUUGCGGCUCAGUGCACAAGUUGUAAUGGGAGUAAGCAGGUGACAGAUGAUGUUUUUGGAGAGGGAAAUUGGGUGCCGUGUCCGAUUUGUGUGCCGAGUGGGGAACUAAACUAUGAGGAUGCGAGGUGGUUGGGAGAUACGGGGUAUGAUACUUCGUAUGAGAUUGCUUAUUGA